AUGAGACCGAUAUUGCGAGCAGCGGCUUUCGGCGCGGCGAGGAGUCGCUUUGCGCCGCGCCAUGGCUUUGCAACGUCUUGCCCGACUGCUUUCAAGCAAACGGUCGCGGACCACAGAGCUCCUCUUGUGAAGACCAAGCCGAAAUCAAGACCCCCACAGGGAAAAUACGAGACAUUCAGGGCCAUGAUUCUCUCCCAGUUCAACACCGUCCUGGCGACCAUGGGCAAUUACUCCGAGACGAACCGCGAAUACCGCAAUUUUGGCAUAUCAAGCGAGUACGGGCUCAAUAGCGAGAUCCAGCUCUUCCGCGAGACGCUACAAAAGUCAAUACACUUGGCGAACAAGGGCGUAACGCUCCGCAAGGAAAACCCCCUCUUCUGGUCCCUCAGAAAUGCCUUUAUCAAGGCCGACGUCAAGGGGUUGACCGCCGAGAUACGGUAUGCGUUUCAGAGCUUCAUGAUGCGAGCGAAGCUGUCCAAGACGACGCCGAGGCAAAAGAAACUGGCCGACCUGCGCUUCCCGAUGGAGUGGUUCCCCGCCACCCGAGUGAUGCAGCGUACCAUUCACCUCCACGUCGGACCGACAAAUUCGGGAAAGACGUACCGGGCGUUGAAGGCGCUGGAGAAUGCAAAAACGGGUAUCUAUGGAGGACCUCUCCGUCUGCUGGCUCACGAAAUCUACUCGCGCUUUCAGGCAAAGGGGCGGCCUUGCGCCAUGAUCACUGGAGAAGAACAGCGAAUCCCGGAAGACGAGGACAACUUCUUCAUCAGCUGCACGGUCGAGAUGACGCCGUUGAACAGGAUGGUCGACGUUGCCGUCAUUGACGAGAUCCAAAUGAUCGGCGACAGGGACCGCGGGUGGGCCUGGACGCAGGCUGUCCUCGGUGUCAUGGCCAAAGAGGUUCAUCUUUGUGGCGAGGAACGUGCAGUCGACCUCGUCAAGGCAAUUUGCGCCAGUGUUGGCGACAAGUGCAUUGUUCACAGAUACGAGAGGUUGAGUCCCCUUGCGACAAUGCCGCAUAGUCUGGGGAAGGACUGGAAGCAGCUGGAGAAGGGAGACGCCAUUGUGGCUUUCACCAGACUCUCUCUCCACGGAUUGAAGAACACUAUCGAGGAGAAGACUGGUCGGCGCUGUGCCAUUGUUUACGGCGGGCUCCCGCCUGAAACUCGCGCUCAGCAAGCUGCUCUGUUCAAUGACCCCGACAACGACUACGACUACCUCGUUGCCAGUGAUGCCAUUGGCAUGGGACUCAACCUCGAAAUCAAGCGUGUCAUUUUCGAAAGAAUAACGAAGCACGAUGGUCUGCUAUACAGAGUGCUGUCGACAUCGGAAAUCAAGCAGAUCGGAGGCAGAGCGGGUAGAUACAAGACCGUGAGACAAGCAUCCGACGCCGACGCUGCAGACACAGCAGUCACCGCUGUCGAGGAGAAGAAGGUCGGCUAUGUGACGACCUGGGACGAGGCAGACCUGCCGACCGUCCGAGAAGCCUUCAGAAACGACAUCGAGCCGCUCGAGAACGCCGUCAUCCACCCUCCAGCCUUCGUCAUUGAGCAGUUCGCCGAGUACUUCCCCCCGGACACCCCGCUCAGCUUCAUCCUCCUCCGCCUCCGCGAGAUGGCGCCCGUAUCGAAGCACUACCAGGUCACCGUCUCGGAGUCCGAGCUGCAAAUCGCAGACGCGAUCCAGGAGUUCCCGAUGACCAUCGGCGAGCGCAUCACCAUCCUCCACGCCCCCAUCAACCUGAGGGACGAGGGCAUCCGAAACAUCGUGCGCUCCAUCGCCGAUUGCGUCUCCAAACGCCGCCAGGGCGCGCUGUACGACAUCAAGGACAUCCACCUCGAGCUCCUCGACGCCUCGCUCGACGACUUCCAGAGCCAAGGCAGGAAGUACCUGCGGUCCCUCGAGGACCUGCACCAGGGCAUCACGCUGUACCUGUGGGUGAGCUACCGCUUCCCGAGCAUAUUCGUGUCGCAGACACUCGCGUUCCAUAUGAAGGACUUCGUCGAGGAGAAGAUUGCGCACUUCCUCGCACACAACACCGUCUAUAGCACCGACAUGCACCAGCAGCUUCGUACGGCCCAGCGCAACUCCGCGCUGAGGAACUUGAAUGAACAGGAGAGGCUGCGCAGAGAGCGUGCCAAGGUCGAGGCCGAGGCCGCGGAAGCCGCCAGUUUGACUGAUGAAAAGGACUCUUCGUUGAGUGGGGAGUCAGAGGAGCCAUUUGUCGACGACGAGAGGGAGUUUGACCAGCUGGAGGAGAAGCCGAUUGCCGAGGACGAUACCGUCUUAGGAGAGAAGACGGAGAAGAUCCAUGAGACUCGAAGAGAAUCCCCAGCCGCAGGUUAA